GAGCAGGCAGCACAAUGGAACCUCUCAGUCAAAGUGCUACGAGGAAAGUUCCUGUAUUCAUAUGACUUAUUUUCAGACCCUGACCUCUAUGUGACCCUAAGCCUCCCCACGGCCUCAGCUUGUACCAUGAGAACCAGGACAAUCAAUAACUGCAAGACACCUGAGUGGAAUGAGACCUUCUUCUUCUGCCCCUUCAGCCGGGUGAAGAACAUUCUGGAGCUGAAUUUGUUUGACGAAGACGCCGUGAAGGAUGACGAAUGCAUCAGCAUCCUGUUCGACAUCAGCACCCUCAAACUGGGUCAGAAAGAGACAAAGGUCUUCAUCACAGAUGAUAAGCUGAAGGACGAGCUGUGGGUGGAACUUGAGAUCACAGAGAGGUAA